CGGGAUUAAAAUCGUUAAAAUCGUACCAAAAUCGGGAUUUUGAUUGUAUGAGAACAAAAUAGGUGGUUUGAGCCAAUUUACAAGAAGAAUAAAUGUUUGGACUUUGCUAUGGUGACAUGCAUGUCACGGUGACAUGCACUUUUCGGUCGACCUCAUAUAGGAUUAGGUCGACCUAAUCUGUUGUUUCAGUGUAAAAACAAUUUCAUGGUGCCUACUUUGGAGAUUCAUAUCUUACAAUUGGCUAGAUGGAAAUUGGAGAUUAAAGGCUUGUUUUGAAGCUGAAGUGUCCCUCUACACAUUAAAGUACUUGGGAGCUCAAUAGAAAGUCUAGAAGACCAUUUUUGAACCUGACCAAAAGGCUAUGCCAAAACUGGGAAACUGCCUGAAAAUGGCUAAGUCUGGCAACGUGUUUGUCAAGCCUACUUUGGAGCUCAAUUUGAGAAGCAUGGAUGCGAGUCAAGUCGAGGGGCCUCUACCACGUUAAAUUACGUAUUUUAUUAUACAAAGGCAAGACAUUGGAUGAAAGAUUGAAUAUCUUUAAGGCUUCAAACAAAAGGCUCGAAGUUGCUACGAAUGCUGUUUUUCUGGCAGCUUGCUUGUGCUCGAAGUCUGCCAGAAAAACAACCUUCGUAGCAACUUCGACCCUUUUGCUUGAAGUCUUACAGAUAUAAAAUAUUUCAUCCAAUGCCUUGAAUUUGUAUAAAAACAUACCUAAUUUAACGUGGUAGAGGCUCCUGGACUCGACUCGCGUUCAUGCUUCUCGAAUUGAGCUCCAAAAUAGGCUUCACAAACACGUUUUCAGACUUAGCCAUUUCCAGGCAGUUUCCCAGUUUUGGCAUAGCCUUUUGAUGAGGUUCAAAAAUGGUCUUCUGGACUUCCUAUCGAGCUCUCUUCCACUUCAAUAUGUAGAGGGACACUCCAACUUCAAAACAAGUCAUUAGUCUUCAAUUUCCAUCUAGCCAAUUGUAUGAUAUGAAUAUCCAAAGUAGGCACCAUGAACUGUUUUUACACUGAAACAAUAGAUUAGGUCGACCUGAUCCUAUAUGAGGUCGACCGAAUCCUAAAUGAGGUCGACCAGAUCCUAUAUGAGGUCGACCAAAUUCUAAAUGAGGUCGACCUAAUCCUAACUGAGGUCGACGUAGGGAUGGCAAUGGGGCGGGUUUGGGGCGGGUUUGCCUAAACCAUCCCCAUACCCAUCUUCAAAUACCCAAACCCAUACCCGCCCCAUACCCAUGCGGGGGAAUGUUUUGCAAACCCAUUCCCAUACCCGUGGGUUUCGGGUACCCAUGGGUAAUACCCAUACCCAUACAUCCAACAUUAUUAUACCUAAAACUUACAAGAAAAGUUUUAAUUAUAACUCUAAACGAACAUAUUGUAUCAUGAAGUCAACAAAACACGGUCAUUUCUUUAAUAUGGUUCAAAGAAUAUGAUCCUAAAAUAUCCAUUAAUACAUAAUAUAGAGUAUAAUAUUUUUCAAAUUAUUAUGUUCUAACUCUGAUACAUCUACUAAAUAAUAAUUAACUAACAUAAUCUUGUUGACAGGGGAAAAGUGAAAGAGUGAAAUGAGUAUUGAGAGAAAUGAAUUAGGUUUUGAUUAAGGUGUCCACUCAAUUGCAUUUCUACUAUUUAUUUUCUAAAGUUAUCUGCAUCAUCAUUGAUAGUUUAUAAUUUGACGCACAUUUUUUUUUAUAUAUGAAGAAAUUAUCUUGGUGGGGGCGGGUAUGGGGCGGGGGAGGCUAAAACCAUACCCGCCCCAUACCCAUCAAACUUUUUGCGGGUUUUACCCAUACCCGCCCCAUACUCGGUCAAAACGGGGAUUCCCCGCUUUGACUGGGUCGGGGGCGGUCGGAUACCCGCGGCCAUGGGUUUGAUUGUCAUCUCUAUCGACCGGAAAGUGCAAGUCACCGUAGGCACACCCUAAAUGUUUUGGCAGAAAGGGCGAUGACGAGAAUCUUCUCAUAUAUUUUUUCUAUUAAAAAAUAUUGAAAAUAAUAAAAAUAACCAAAUUAGAACUCGUUUAAUUCCUUUCUCAUGGCCCCAUUUAACUUACUGGUAAAACAGUUGUCAUAAUAUUGGAAGUACGUAAGAAUUAACAUCAUUAUUAACUAAUUAAUUUUUUAAUGAAUAUAUUUGUAUCAAGCCACUAGCAUUACUUAUUUUAUUGAAGUUAAAUUAUUUUCUAGAAUAGUGUUUUAUAUAUUGAUAAUUUGUAUUGAGAGAUUAUUAUUUGACUUUAAUUUUGAUAGAAACUUGUUACUGUAAAUUUUUUACGAUAAAAACCCGUGGGUACCCAUGAACCCGCGGAUACCCACCGGGUUGGGUUUGAGUUUUUCAAACCCAAUAAUUUUAUCCUGAAUUUUUUUCACAGAUAAACCCAUGGGUUUGAGUUUGGGUUUGACAAAACCCGACACAUUGCCAUCCCUACGAGCAUGUUUCUCGGCGACUAUAUCAUUGUGUAAUAGCCAUUACUCAUUGUAGCGAGGGACAGGCCUACAAGAGGUGUAUUCUUUCGAUUACGGCAUUUACCAAACCAAUUGCCAUUAAGUCAUUUGAACCUACUUUCAGAAAAUCAUCAGCAAUGAAUGAGCCUCUCAUGUCCUUCUUUCCUUCGCUUGGGACUCACUCCAUGCUGAGUUAGAGAUUCCUCACUACGCACAUCCGUAAAGACAGGGUCCUAAGUGGAUUACCUCGGUUUCACCACCUAGCAACGCUUUAGUAACAAAGAAUAUGCAUUCAAUUCUUAUUAUUCAAUAUCGAACUAACGAGUGUAAUGAGCUAAGAAGCUAGCAUUCCUUGAGGAAUCCUGCUACAAGGAGGUUUUAAUCGUCGAGAGCUUGCCCUAUCAUCGUUGGGUAACCCAGGCCGUGGUCCAAUAAGACUCAGACGGUGCAGAUCCUGUCCGGCUCUCUCAUGUGCAAAAUAGGCUAGGCCCAUUUUGACAAGCCCAGUUCAUAAUAAAGAUUGGGCUAGUCCCAGUCCGUAUAAUAUAGGAGUCCGUGGGUUAAAACAGUCAGUAGGAUUCCGCCGUCCUUAUAAACCCUACUUGCUUUCCUUCCACCAUUUUACGAACCCUAGAGGACGGCUAUCCAGCUGCUGCUUCCGAUCGCAACAGGUCUCAUCUUUCUCCUUUCUUAAUCUCUUUUCUCAAACUUUCUUCUCUGAAUAAGUUCGCAAACCAUCGAUUUACUGACAUUAGGCUUAUCUACCCUUUGUUACUCUUUCAGUGAUUCAAUCGAUUGGCAGCAAUGGCCCCUCCAAAAGAUAGCAAGCCGAAGCCUGAUGCCAAGGCACAGGCAGUCAAAGCUGCUAAGGCAGUGAAGUCUGGCCCAACUUUCAAGAGGAAGGCCAAGAAGAUAAGGACCAAGGUCACAUUCCACCGCCCAAGGACACUGAAGAAGGAGAGAAACCCCAAGUACCCAAGGAUUAGUGCACCUCCCAGGAACAAGCUUGAUCACUACCAGAUUCUGAAGUUUCCUCUGACCACCGAGUCUGCCAUGAAGAAGAUUGAAGACAACAACACUCUGGUCUUUAUUGUUGACAUCCGUGCUGACAAGAAGAAGAUCAAGGCUGCUGUCAAGAAGAUGUAUGAUAUCCAGGCCAAGAAAGUCAACACCCUCAUUAGGCCUGAUGGUACCAAGAAGGCAUAUGUUAGGUUGACGCCAGAUUACGAUGCAUUGGAUGUGGCAAACAAGAUUGGCAUCAUCUAAGUUUUUUGGUUUCUCAGGGAUUUGCUUUAUAUCUUGUGUUAGAGUAAACAGUUUUGUCGUGAUGAUGCAAAACGAAAUUGGAGUUUGUAAGCCUUUGUUACUGUUUAUGGAUAAUCUAGGCUUCAACUGUUAUAAGUUCCCUUGUUCCGAAUCUAGCCAUGGAUGAUCUCCCAUUAAGUCAGCUCUCAAAUCUCAAUCACCUUUAUGUUACCUCCGAAUGUUGACUUUUGUUUCACUAGGUUUAGAGUUAGUUCUGCUUCUAUUUGUGCACUGUGCUAUACCAAUACUGCAACUGCAUCGAGUAGCCUGUGAGGUACAGGUCUAUAGACUACGAUGGUUCCACAAUCGUACUGGCAGUGGAUUGCAGGAAUCUCCUACAAUAUCAGUUGUCCACAAAGCGAAAAUAGACCUACAGGAUGACGGAUGUCAACUUGUGCCUGAUGGCAUCGCCGAACUGGGACGCGCUUGGCAAGCUGGGGGAUGCUUGUGGGCUGUGGCUGCACCCGCUGCCACCAGCUGAAAGCUACGCUGGAGCCGUCUCCAGAUAGUUGAGACUUGAGACGAUUGGUCGUGCUUUCCCAUGCAUUCUACCAACAUGUAAAUUUGGUAACCCGCAGGUUUGGCAUGAAACAUGCUGGUGUGAAUAUAACAUAGUGUAGAAU